ACCUCUCUUUCUCUCUCUUUAUAUGACCUCAUCCCUCUCGAUAUAAUUCCUCUUCUUUCUCCUCAUCGGAUCUCCGCCGGCGAUUCCUCGUCGGAGCUCCGACCUCCGCCGUGUUCGCCGCUUCCUAUCGAUUCAUGGCCUCUGGGCUUCCAUCUUCCAGGUAAGCGAUCGAAGCGAUCCCUAUCACUUCCGCUUUCUCUGCGAUCAUUAGGGUUUCGAUCCGUGCGCAUGGCGUCGUUCCGGCCGUUCCCGCCGCCGGCCCAGUCUUUCACACCGUCGCAGGCGGCGAACCAGAGUUCUCUCCCUCCUCCACCACCCCCCGGUGGUGGCAAUCACCACAAUCAGUACCCCCAGCAUCACCGUAGCUAUGGCGGCAACGCUGGUCCGCCGCCUCAGCCCUCGCAGCACCCGAGCUCCGGCUACUCUCGGGGGGCCCCGAACUCUGGAUUCAAUCAUUUCAAUGCUCAGCACCGGCAGCAGCAGCAGCAACAGUGGGCUUCUGGUCCACCGCCACCUCCGCCGCCGUCUUCUAGUUAUCCUCCACCGCCGCCUCCCCCGCCGUCACAACAGCAGCAGCAGCAGCAGCAGCCCCCUCCUCCUCCUCCGCCGAACUCUAUGUACUACACCCAGCCUCCCCCGCCCCCUCUUCCUUCUUCUCCUCCCCCUCCUCCCGGCCCGCCUCCUUCUCCCUCCCCUCCCCCGCCUAAAGACUCAGCUCCCCCUGCCCGCCCCCGUGAGUCAUCUGCCAAGCCUUCCCUCCCGCUGAAGCAACCGAUGGGCGUGGGAGGUAGAGGUAGUGGCGCCAGGGUGGAGACUGAGGAGGAGAGAAGGGCGAGGAAGAAGAGGGAGUACGAGAAGCAGAAGCAGGAGGAGAGGAGGCAGCAUAUGCUUAAGCAGCCGCAGGCCAAUGUGGUGCACAAGAUGCAGAUUCCGUCUUCAUCUGGGGUGAAACCGGGCCAUGGUCAUGGUUCAGUUGCUGGGUCUCGGAUGAUGGAGAGGAGAGCCACACCAUUUUUGAGUGGAGAUAGGGCUGAUAAUCGGCUGAAAAAGCCGACAACAUUCCUUUGCAAGUUGAAGUUUAGGAAUGAAUUACCAGAUCCAACUGCACAGCCAAAGUUAUUAUCUCUAAAUACCAAUAAUGAUAGAUAUGCCAAAUAUACCAUCACGACAUUGGAGAAAAAACACAAGCCCAAACUUUAUACGGAACAAGAUCUUGGAAUACCUCUUGAUUUACUGGACAUCAGUGUAUACAAUCCGCCUGAUGUUCACCAACCCCUUGCUCCAGAAGAUGAAGAACUAUUGCGUGAUACUGAGGUGGCAACCCCCAUAAAACAAGAAGGUUUAAGGAAAAAAGAUCGUCCUGCUGAUGAAGACCUGAAUUGGUUGGUUAAGACACAAUACAUAUCCUCAGUUAGUGCUGAUGCUGCCAAAACGGCUUUCACUGAGAAGCAAGCCAAGGAAAUGCGGGAAUCAAAGGAGGGUAUAAAUCUAUUUCUGGAAAACCUUAACAACAGGGAAAAACAGAUCCAGGCAAUUGAAGAAUCUUUUAAGGCUUCUAAACUACCACCUGUCCAUCAAACUAAGCCUACAUUAAAGCCCAAACGAAUCCUCCCUUUAUUGCCCUAUUUUGACAGGUAUGAGGAUCGUUUUGUGACGGUUACCUUUGAUGGAGAUCCCACAGCUGAUUCAGAGUUGUACAACAAGUUGGAUAGAUCCAUUCGUGAUGAGCAUGAAUCACAAGCUAUAAUGAAGAGUUAUGUGGUUAAUAGUUCAGAUCCUUCGAAGCCAGAGAAGUUUCUGGCUUAUAUGGUUCCUGCACCUGAUGAGCUGUCAAAGGAUAUCUAUGAUGAAAGCGAAGAUGUAUUAUAUUCCUGGGUCAGAGAAUAUCACUGGGAUGUAAGAGGUGAUGUCGCUGAUGAUCCAACAACUUACCUAGUUAAUUUUGAUGACAAAGCGGCACGAUACUUGCCUCUACCCACAAAACUUGUUCUACAAAAGAAGAAGGCCAAAGAAGGCAGGUCUGGGGAUGAGAUUGAGCACUAUCCUGUGCCUUCUCGAGUUACAGUGAGGAGAAGAGACACAGUUGCUAUUGGAGAGCUUAAGGAAUCCCUGAGAAUGUCCUCCUAUCAUGAAAAGGUGGACAAGAGAGGCAGGUCCUCGAGAGAAGACGAACUUGAAAGACAGAGUAAGAUCACAAGAAUGAACAGUCUUGAUCAAUUGGUUGGUGAAGAAGACAUGUCUGACUAAUUUGUUAAGGGAUCCAUCCUGCAACACAUCAAGGUGAAAAAAAAAAAAAGCUUCAUUAUUUGGAGAAUGUAUAUUAUCUGAAAUUUCUUAGUCAUAACAGAUGAACUGAGCAGCGCUGACGCCGCAAUUAAUUAUUUCCAUCAGAAACUGGGAAGAUGAGGUAGCAUUUUCCCUAUCUGUGUUUGAACAAGAUUACAAAUAUGUCUUUCAAUUUUGCAAGUAUAUAGGGAGUGAAGUGUGUUGGUUGGUCAUUGUUGAUCUUUAUUCAUCUUAUAAAGGAUUAAUAAGCACCUAAUGGUUAAUUA